CUUAAAUUUUCUCGUGGUGUUUGUUGUCAAAAUUUUUUUAAGAAACUGCGUGUUCCUCGUAAGCCACAAAUAAUCUAUUAACUGUUUCAAAAAGCUGAAUUUCGCUUUAAAUAAGAUAAAAAUGUCCGCUGUUUGUCAUGACGAGGGGUUUAAGGAGUUUAAUCUCAAAGAAUGGAUUGUUAAGCAAUGUACCGAAAUGGGAAUAACAAAGCCUACUCCAGUACAAUAUCACUGUAUCCCUCCAAUUAUGGAAGGAAAAGGCUGUGUUGCUAUAUCCAAGACUGGAACUGGUAAAACGCUUGCAUUUGUACUGCCUAUGCUGCAUAAAUGGUGUUCAGAUCCUGUUUCUAAGUUUGGUUUGAUUCUUACUCCAACGAGAGAACUAGCUCGACAAAUUUAUGAUCAAAUUAAAGUUAUUGGAAAGCCAGUAAAUAUACAAGUUUGUUUGAUCAUUGGUGGAGAAAAUCAAGUAGAGCAAGGAGCACAGAUUGCUAAAGGACCUCACAUUAUAGUUGCAACACCUGGACGACUUUCUGACAUGAUCCAGAGUGGCUAUGAGCGCGAUUUCAAAUACAUUAAGAUGUUGGUUGUAGAUGAAGCAGACAGAAUGCUUAAUGGAUCAUUUACAGAAGAUCUGGAAGUGAUAAUGGCUGCUUUGCCAAAAAAGAGACAGACUUUACUCUUCAGUGCUACCAUGACUCCUAUGGUGGAAAAUGCAAUUAAACAUGGUCACGAAACACCUUUUGUUUGGAAAGGUGAAGCAGAUGUAACUACAGUCACUGAACUGGAUCAAAGAUAUGUUUUUGUGCACAACCCUGUUUUGAGAAGUGGAUAUUUAGUAAAAAUAAUCAAUGAUUACCAAGCCAAAACUCCAGAUAGUUCUAUGAUUAUAUUUACAAAAAAUUGCGAAGUUUGUCAAAUAGUGUCUGAAGCCUUGAAGAAAUUAGGUUUCGAUAAUGUUGCUUUAAAUUCUAAUUUAAAACAAAGAGAAAGAUCAAUAUCUAUUACAAGAUUUAAAUCCAAUCGCAUUAAGAUACUGGUAGCUACUGAUUUAGCUAGUCGAGGUUUAGACAUACCAAUGGUUGACUUAGUGGUGAACUAUAGUGUUCCACCAGUUCCUGCUAACUACGUACAUCGAGUUGGUAGAACAGCCCGUGCUGGGAGAGGCGGUCUAGCUUUCACUUUAUUAACUCCAAAAGAAAUCAAUCGGUUAAUAAACAUAGAGAAAAAUAUUAAUUACAAGCUUCAAGAAUUUAAAGUUUCAGAAAAAAAAGUGUUGGAAAUAGCCCUUCAAGUAGAAGUGACUUUUCGAGAAGCUGCUAUCAACUUACAGUACGAUGAAACUGUGGAAAGAAAAGAAAUAAACAAGAGGAAACGAAUUAUUCUAGAAGGUGGUGAAAUUUAUGUGAAAUCCAAGAGGCAAAAAAAGAAAAAUAAUAAAAAACUUAGGAACUCUGGAGAAUCUACUGAAAUUGUGUCUCUAGAUGCUGUUGCUGCUUUGGGUGGUGAUGUAUCUACAUUAAGGACUCAGUCUGAUGAAGAAAAAACAACAGCGCAGGUAGCAACACAAGAAAACAGUUAAGGCAUAAUGACAAUCAAAUUAAAAAUAAUGAAUUAAUGUAAAUAAAAAUUUCUUUUUUUAUUUUUUCAAACAAAAAUAUGAAGACUAAAGUAAGUUUUCUAUCUUUCAGCAACUUGGUAAAAGUCUAUAUAUUUUUUGAAAUAUUAAUUUUUAUACUGAAAAAAUAAUAUCAAGAAGAGUGGUGACUUGUCUUCUCAACAUUUGUGUUCAAAAUAAGCACUUUGUUUAUUUUUAUUUACCUAACAGAAAAAAAAAUGUAUGAAAAUUCAAAUUAUAAUUAUCUUAAUUUUUUUUUAAUUUUCUCAUAUUCGUAGUAUAGAGAAAAUAUUAUAAUAGUUAAAAAAAAUAUUAAAAAAUCGAACUCGAAAUUUUGAUGAAUUUCUAUGCCUCAGGCCUCUCUGAAUUCGAAAAAUAUGUUUUUGUGAAAAAGUUCGUCUGUCUGUCUGUGACAAAGAUAACUCAAAAACGUUUUGAGCUAGACGAAUAAAAUUCGGUAUACGAUUUUUAUACCAAAUUGUUUCUGUCAAAUUUUCUGAAUUUUGUCAGAGGAAGUAUGUAUGACUGGCUGGCUGUUCGAAUAUCAAUACAACAAUUGCAAGCUAGAUAGACAAUAUUCGGUACACAUAUUUAAUAUCUAUAUUGUAUGCAUCUAUAAAAUUUUGAGCCGAAUCCAACUAGUGAUUGGUAGGGCUGGGCGAUGAUAGAACUUCAUCAUCACUAUAUAUAUCGUCCAGUACAUAUCGAUAUUUUUCGAUAUAUCGUGAUAUCAUAAUUUAUUUAUAGCUUUUAUAAGUUAUAAAUAGUAUCUCUUAGCUUAUUGAUUAAUCAAAACGACUCCAAA